UGACGCGAUGCGAUGCAUCGGUGCGAUGCAUCGGUGCGAACCAUUGGUGCAGUCUUUUUUUUUUUCACGCGGAAACGCGAGUGCGUUCGCCAGACGUUCGCCAAACGUACUUCAAGAAUGUGGCUAACUGUGAAUAAUCACGCGUUUUGAUAAGCCGACCGUUAUUUACGGAAAUCAUUCCUCGAGCACGUCAGCUUCGGCAUAACCUCAAAAAGUCACCGCGGACCAGUGGAGGCGCGUCGGCGUCGGCGUCGGCGUCGGCAGUCCGUUUCCUCCUCCCCGAAUCUCCGAAUGGAAGCGAACGUAACGCGCACCGACAUCGUUGCGCGGCACAUCGCGCGCGACGAUCGAUGCAAUUAAAGGGGGAGGAUUAUUCAUCGGGGUUUUUACAGGCGAUCCAAACCGCGUCGCGGAACUGACGUCGCUCCCGUCGUCUUCCCCGUUGCCGUUUCCCCGAUGCGGCGACCUUGCAGCUGCUGCUCCGGUCCGGCCGCGGCACGAGCUCCCAUCAAAGUGCCGCACGCGUGAAAGAGAGAAAGAGAGACUCGUUUAUCACUUCGUCCACGCAGAGCAACGCGGAGAACGGAACAUGAAUCGGCAAGGGCGUAGCGCGCGUGUAGACAUGUGAGAUACGUGCGUGCGAGGAAGUAAGAGAGUAGAGAGGUAGAAAGAUCCGGCGAAAGAAACGGUACGCGUGACGACGACGAGCGACGAUCAUGGAAGUCGCCGCCACGAAGCUGGUGCAGUGGUUCAACGAACUCCGAUCCCGGGUGCAUCUUUACCUGCACGCCCAAACCCUUGGUCCGAUAAGGGCGGAAAAUGGUUCACAGGGUGACGAUCAACCAACCACGCAACAGAAUGAUGGCGAAGAAAGGGUAAUUUUCGUCAAUGCCCCUCAUCAACCUGCGAAAUACAAAAACAAUCACAUUACUACCGCGAAGUACUCAUUUCUAUCGUUCGUACCCCUGUUCCUGUUCGAACAAUUCCGUCGCUACAGCAAUUGUUUCUUCCUGUUCAUCGCACUCAUGCAGCAAAUACCGGAUGUGUCUCCGACAGGACGUUGGACUACAUUGGUUCCACUGAUUUUCAUCCUCAGCGUAUCCGCUUUGAAAGAGAUAAUCGAGGAUGUUAAAAGGCAUAGAGCAGAUGAUGAAAUAAAUAUGAGGGAAGUAGAGGUGCUGAGGGAAGGGCGCUGGCAAUGGAUACAGUGGCGCGCCGUGGCCGUCGGCGAUGUGGUUAAGGUUCACAAUAACACUUUCUUCCCCGCUGACUUGAUUUUGUUGUCAUCGUCGGAGCCGCAGAGUAUGUCCUUCAUAGAGACCGCCAACCUGGACGGCGAGACGAAUCUGAAAAUCCGACAGGCCCAUCCCGACACUGCCAAUCUCUUGGAUACCGCGGAAUUAAUGAAUUUUCGCGCGAACAUCCAGUGUGAGCCGCCCAAUAGACAUUUGUAUGAGUUCCACGGAGUCUUACGGGAGACCAAUAAACAGAGCGUAGCUUUAGGACCCGAUCAAUUAUUACUCCGUGGCGCGGUGUUGCGGAACACGCGGUGGGUGUUCGGUGUAGUCAUAUACACGGGACACGAUACGAAACUCAUGCAGAAUAAUACCGCGACAGCGCCGUUAAAACGAUCCACUCUGGAUCGGUUGAUCAACACGCAGACACUGAUGCUAUUUUUCAUACUUCUUCUGUUGUGCAUUCUUUCCGCGAUUUUCAAUGUCGUGUGGACGAAUGCCAACAAAGAAGGUCUCUGGUAUCUAGGAUUACAAGAAGAAAUGACUAAGAACUUCGCUUUCAAUCUACUGACGUUUAUUAUUCUCUUCAAUAAUCUAAUACCGAUAUCGUUGCAAGUGACGCUCGAGGUAGUGAGAUUCGUUCAGGCCACGUUUAUUAAUAUGGACAUAGAAAUGUAUCACCCGGAGACGGAUACUCCAGCGAUGGCUCGUACGAGUAAUCUGAACGAAGAGCUCGGGAUAGUUAAAUACAUAUUUACGGAUAAAACCGGCACUCUUACGAAAAACGUUAUGGAAUUUAAGCGAUGUUCGGUCGGUGGAAGACUGUACGAUUUGCCAAAUCCUUCAAAUGGCCACGAGAGUACAAGUGAUAUCAGCUGCGAGUUAAUUAAGGAUAUUAUGGAAGGAAGGUCCGUGCGCGAUUUGUCGAAUCCUAUCGAUAAGAAGAAAGCGGAGCACGCGAUCAUACUUCACGAGUUUAUGGUCAUGCUGUCGGUUUGCCACACGGUUAUUCCUGAAAAAUUAGACGACUCUAUAAUCUAUCACGCAGCGUCUCCUGAUGAAAGAGCGCUAGUGGAUGGAGCACGUAAAUUUAACUACGUGUUCGAUACGCGGACGCCCAGUUAUGUGGAAAUUGUAGCUCUAGGCGAGACGUUGCGUUACGAAAUCCUGAACGUUAUAGAAUUCACUUCGGCUAGGAAGCGUAUGUCUGUGAUCGUGAAAACGCCUGAGGGAAAAAUUAAGAUUUUUUGCAAAGGCGCAGACUCAGUCAUCUAUGAAAGAUUGAUGUCGACUUCUUUAGAAGCUAGCGAUCUUGAUCUAGAGCACGCGGAUGAUUUUCGUGAGACGACCCUAGAGCAUUUGGAAGCCUUUGCCAGCGACGGAUUACGGACGCUUUGUUUCGCCUCCGCAGAAAUACCUGAUAAUGCUUACCAGUGGUGGAGCGAAUCAUACCACAAAGCGUCAAUUAGUCUUAGGAAUCGUGAAAGUAUGCUGGAGCAAGCUGCGAAUUUUAUUGAGACUAAACUUACAUUAUUAGGAGCAACUGCAAUUGAAGAUCAACUACAAGAUCAAGUCCCAGAAACGAUACAGGCUUUUAUACAAGCUGAUAUUCAUGUCUGGGUAUUGACGGGAGAUAAGCAGGAAACCGCCAUAAAUAUUGGGUACUCGUGUAAAUUGAUAACACAUGGAAUGCCACUUUACAUUAUUAAUGAAUCUUCUUUGGAUAAAACGAGGGAAGUCAUCAUUCAACGCUGUCUUGAUUUUGGGAUUGACUUGAAAUGCCAAAACGACGUAGCCCUGAUUAUAGACGGCAGUACGUUAGAUUACGCUUUGUCUUGCGACAUCAGGAUGGAGUUCUUGGAAUUGUGUUCAGCUUGCAAAGUUGUUAUCUGUUGCAGGGUGUCACCAAUUCAAAAAGCUGAGGUGGUUGAUUUAAUCACGAGUAACAAGAAAGCGGUGACUCUUGCGAUCGGGGAUGGCGCAAACGAUGUGGCUAUGAUACAGAAAGCUCACAUCGGCGUCGGUAUCUCAGGUGUGGAAGGUCUUCAAGCGGCUUGUGCCUCUGAUUAUUCCAUUGCACAAUUUCGUUUUCUGAAACGUUUGUUAUUUGUUCACGGCUCUUGGAAUUACAGCAGAAUGUGUAAAUUAAUCUUAUACUCGUUUUACAAGAAUAUCUGUUUGUAUGUUAUCGAAUUAUGGUUUGCCAUCUAUUCCGGUUGGUCCGGGCAGAUCCUUUUCGAAAGAUGGUCCAUUGGGCUUUACAACGUGGUCUUUACCGCUGCGCCUCCGUUAGCUAUGGGUCUCUUUGAUAAAGUGUGUUCUGCGGAAACUCAUUUAGCUCAUCCAGGACUGUAUGCAACAAAGAAUAACGGUGAAUCGUUCUUCAAUAUUAAAGUAUUUUGGGUAUGGAUUAUAAAUGCAUUAAUUCAUUCGUCGCUAUUGUACUGGCUGCCGCUAAUGGCUCUGAAACAAGACGUUGCUUGGGCAAAUGGUAGAGACGGCGGUUAUCUUUUACUAGGAAAUUUCGUCUAUACCUAUGUUGUAGUAACGGUAUGCGGGAAGGCGGGUCUAAUAAUAAAUUCAUGGACAUGGGUCACCCAUUUGGCGACGUGGGGGUCUAUAAUACUCUGGUUCUUAUUUAUUUUUAUAUAUAGUAAUUUUUGGCCCGUCUUAAACGUUGGUGCUGUGAUGCUGGGUAAUGAUAAAAUGUUAUUUUCAUCGCCUGUUUUUUGGCUAGGACUUAUAUUAAUACCUAUUGCGGUAUUGCUGUUGGAUAUCACAGUAAAAGCAGUGAAGAAUACAGUUUGGAAAUCUGUAACGGAAGCAGCUCGAGAGAAUGAAAUUAGAAAGUCCGAUCCUGGUGAUAUAUUCAACAAUCAAGAUUAUAGAAGUUCAUUGACCGAGACGGCGAGGUUGCUGAAAAAUGUUAAAAGCGUUUUCACCAGGCGCUCGAACGCCGCCUCCAGAGUCAAUGUCGAGGUGGAGCUAUCACCAGAGAUUAAUGAAUUGCGACCUUUGUUAUUGCGCAUGCUGCGCGAUGCAGAUGGUUUUGCGUUCUCGCAAGAGGAAGGUGGCUCGGUGACCCAGACGGACGUGAUCAGAGCCUACGACACGAAUCUUCCGAAACCCGGCGGCAUGUGAUUUAAGCGGGGUGGCCGCCGUGCGGCAAAAUGAUGCAGGCUGCUCUUCCAAGCGGCCUGAGUGAUGAGCUCCGCGUUUUACUCGACUGAUAUGGGAGAGGAUCAUCAGAACGAUGUACGACAUUCAUGGGAUCAGAUCGACGAUAAGUUUAAGGAUCGAGAAGACUAGAGAGAAAAAAUUCCUAUUCUUUAAUUAGUCGUAUUUUACUAAGUUAGAAUCUGACGAUCCUAACGAAAAUGGCCUUUCAAUCGCGACUGAUCACUAAAGUAUUUUAUUUCGCUGGACUUAUCACUCGGGAAAAGGGAAUUGUAUACUUGUAAUCUAAUGCGUGCAUUCGAAAUGGAUGCGACUAAUUAAUAUGUCAAUAAUGUUCGAAGAAAGGAUUCCUCUUUGAAUUACUGCGAUCUACAUUUACAGAAGGAUGCUCUAAUAUUAGCACGAGUAAUUAUUUUGAUACUUCAUGAAAUUUUAUUCUGAUAUACCGUAGAGAUCUCGUCCUUAAAGUAUCGGGUAGCAGCGCAUUUCGCUCGCGAUGCAUUUGGAAACGCAUUUCGUGUUAGCGUCAAAAUUGUAUACGCAGAGUCUUAUAUGAUUAAAAAAAAAGAGAGAGAAGAAGAAAAUAGCGUCUAUUCUUGUAGAACGCAAGAACGGAAUGCUAUUCUACUUCUUCUAACAAAAAUUGCGAAUUGCGCAAAUUGUAAUUGCGAUCUUAAAUGUUAAAAUAUAUACAGUAUAUAUAUAUAUAUAUGUGUGAAAGAGAAUUUGUACAUUUCGAAGAUUGGAGUUUCUAGAUGAUUGCAACACGAUCGAUGGAGGAUUACGUUCGAUUUUGUGCCAGAAAAAGACUGUUCCCUUUGUCCGUUAUUAUAUAUAUAUUACAUUACUCUUUACGUAUUCUUUUAAAUCGAUAACGUAGAUAUUUCAUUUUCAACUGUACAUACACUGCAUUGUUAUCUAGUCAGAAUCUGAUACCUAUCAGUUCAGAGAUUCACUUUUUCGACCAUUACACUCUUUUUUAAGUUUAUGACUGAGAAAUUUAAUAGAUAAAUAUAUUAUAUAUGUAAGUGUAUAUACAUAUAUAUUUAUA